AUGUCCGACAAACUUUCUCAACAUGUUAAGGACGCCGAUGACCGCGAGUCUAUCGAGGGAUUCUCCCAUCAUACCGAGACCAUCAUGAAUGACAGGGAGCCGUAUGGACCAGCAGGCCUCGCUGGUCUUGUGGCCAACCCAUUUGUGUUUCUCUGUGCGGCGUGCUCUACGCUGGGAGGUCUGGUCUUCGGUUACGACCAAGGUGUGGUGUCGGUCAUUCUCGUGAUGGAGCAGUUCCUUGAUCGGUUUCCGGAAGUGGCCCCUGAUGCACCGGGUGCGGGUUUCUGGAAGGGUCUGAUGACGGCCAUGAUUGAACUGGGGGCGCUGUUAGGGGCCCUGAAUCAGGGGUGGAUUGCCGACAUGAUUUCUCGUCGCUACUCAAUUGUAGUCGCAGUCAUAAUCUUCACCAUUGGCUCGGUGCUACAGACCGCUGCGGUGAACUAUGCGAUGUUGACUGUCGCUCGACUGAUUGGAGGCGUGGGGAUUGGCAUGCUCUCGAUGGUUGCACCCCUCUAUAUUUCUGAGAUCAGUCCUCCCGAGUGUCGAGGCACUCUUCUUGUUCUGGAGGAGUUUUGCAUUGUCCUAGGCAUCGUCAUUGCUUUUUGGACCACUUAUGGCACGAGAUUUAUGAGCGGAGAAUGGGCCUGGCGCCUUCCCUUCUUGCUACAGAUGAUCCCCGGGUUUGUUCUUGUUGGAGGCGUGGUUGUUCUGCCCUUCUCCCCUCGAUGGCUUGCCUCGAAAGGUCGUAAUGAAGAGGCUCUGGAAAGUCUGUCGAGAUUGCGCCGGUUACCGUCUUCGGAUAAGCGUGUGAGACUGGAGUAUUUGGACAUCCAGGCUGAGGUUCGGUUCCACCAGGAAAUGAACGCUGAAAAGCACCCGAAUCUACAGGGCGGCGGCAUCAGAAAGGCAUUGCUGUUGGAGAUGGCCUCCUGGGCGGAUUGCUUCAAGAAAGGCUGCUGGCGAAGAACCCAUGUUGGUGUGGGUCUCAUGUUUUUCCAACAGUUUGUUGGAAUCAAUGCUCUUAUUUACUAUUCCCCAACACUGUUCGAGACCAUGGGCUUGGACUACGACAUGCAGCUUUUGAUGUCUGGCAUUCUCAACGUUACACAGCUGGUUGGAGUCGCCGCCACAGUAUGGACUAUGGACAGCAUUGGACGGCGUCCGAGUCUGCUGUGGGGAGCAUUCUUUAUGGCUAUCUCCCAUAUUAUCAUCUCCGUUUUAGUGGGUCUUUUCUCCGAGAACUGGCCAGCUCACAGGCCACAAGGCUGGGCCAGCGUGGCUAUGCUCCUGUUCUACAUGCUCGCAUUUGGAGCCAGCUGGGGGCCUGUUGGUUGGGCAAUGCCGUCAGAAAUCUUCCCCUCCUCACUCCGUGCCAAGGGCGUGGCGCUUUCGACUUGCUCCAACUGGCUGAAUAACUUUAUUAUCGGUCUUAUCACUCCUCCCCUUGUCCAGAACACAGGGUUUGGCGCGUACACUUUCUUCGCGGUGUUUUGUGUAUUGGCCCUCGUUUGGACAUUUUUCUUCGUGCCUGAAACUAAGGGCCGGACGCUGGAGCAGAUGGACCAUGUGUUCAAGGAUAAUUCGAGCGAGGCAGAGCAGGAGCGCAGACGUGCCAUUGAGGUGGAAGUUUUGCGAGCGGAACAGCAGCAGGCCAGAGUGUAG